GGAAGGCGUGCCGUGCCGGAGCACGCGGCGGGGCCGCACUACGGCUCUGACCGGCCUGCACGAGCGCCGCCACCGCGCCCCGCCCCGCCGCGCCGCGCCGACUGUGAGGAGAAGCUACUCUGACAAUGCCAGCUUUUAUGUGAAGCACACAUCAGGGUCUGGAUGGCAUCACUAGCUUCAGGAGGGGAAACAUACCUCAUAACUCACAUCAGUUCAAAAGUAUUGCUAUGCUGGGAAGAGUAUGACUGCCACUAGCAUUUCAUUUCUGUCACAGCAGCAGGCUGUGCACUUGUCACAUUCACCUUUACCAGGUCAAGCAUUCCUUCCAUUUACUGUCUGGUCAUUAAAAACAUGGUACUCCGGUCAUCAUUAAAGAACUGCCUUCAGCUAUCCUGUGUCCUCAGAACUCCAAAAGCUGGCUUCAGAAGCACCACUAGUGGAGGCCUCAUUAUCCAAUCUAUUUCUAAUGACGUUUACCAAAAUCUAGCUGUGGAAGACUGGAUCCAUGACCACAUGAAUUUAGAAAACCAACAGGUCCUCUUCCUUUGGAGAAAUUCCCCUGCUGUGGUAAUAGGGAGACAUCAGAAUCCCUGGCAGGAAUGCAACCUCAGGCUAUUAAGGCAAAAAAAUAUAAAGCUAGCCAGGAGAAGAAGUGGAGGGGGGACAGUUUAUCAUGACUUAGGCAACAUCAAUUUGACUUUCUUUACAACCAGAAAAAAAUAUGAACGAAUGGAAAACCUGAAACUAAUUGUGAAGGCACUGAAAGCCUUGCGCCCCCGGUUAGAUGUGCAUGUCAGUGACAGAUAUGACAUCUUGCUAGAUAGGCAAUACAAAAUCUCAGGUACUGCUUCAAAGCUGGGAAGAACAACUGCUUAUCACCACUGUACCUUACUCUGUAAUGCAGAUAAGUUUGUUUUAUCUUCUGUGCUAAAAAGUCCUUAUAAAGGGCUAAAAAGCAAUGCCACUCCUAGUGUGCCUGCCUCAGUGAAAAAUCUCUUUGAAGAGGAUCCCAGUUUAACUUGUGAGAUGCUUCUGGAUGCCAUUGCGGAAGAAUAUGCUACACAACACCAAAUGGAUCAUCAUAUCACCUUAAUAAAUCCAGCUGAUGAGACUGUGCUUCCUGGAAUUAAUAAUAAAACUAAAGAACUACAAACGUGGGAAUGGGUGUAUGGAAAGACACCGAAGUUCAGCAUCAACACUUGUUUUAGCAUGGUCUAUAAAGAUUCUGUUCUUGAUGUUAAAGUAGAUAUGGAUGUAAAGCACGGAAGGAUUGAAGUCUGCAACAUUGAUCUGCCAGAGCAGUGGCUGCCACCAGCGCUGUGCAGUGAACUAGUAAAGAGCCUUACUGGUAGUAAGUUUUGCCCAAGUGAAACCACUACACUAGCAACAACAUUGCUAAGAGUGUGUCCACAAGAUGAUGAGUUGCACAGCAGGUGGAAUCUGCUAUGUGAAAAUAUGAUAAUGUUAAUGUGACUUGCAUUUUGAAAAUGUAAGUUAAACUUCUGCUGCUUUUUUAUUUAAUUUAUUGGAAACAGAAUUAAAACAUUUAUACAAGCUGAA